AUGAAGUUCAUGAAGUACGCCAACUUCUUCUACAAAGCUGUAGGUAUAGAACCCUAUACCACCGAUUCUCGACCGCAGACCAACAGCCUAAAGGCCAACAUCGUCUUCUGGGCUAAUGUGCUCAAUCUGAGUGCGAUGGUAUUCGGGGAGAUCCUCUAUUUGGGUGUUUCUCUGGCCGACGGGAAGCUGCUCGACGCUGUCACCGUAAUGUCCUACAUCGGAUUCGUUAUCGUGGGUAUGAGCAAGAUGUUCUUCAUCUGGUGGAAGAAGCCGGUCUUGAGCGACAUGGUGCGCGAUCUGGAGCACAUCUAUCCCCACGGAAAAGAAGCGGAGGAGGAGUACAAGCUGCAGAGCUAUCUGCGAUCCAGCUCCCGCAUAAGUGUGACCUAUGCCCUGCUCUAUUCCGUGCUGAUUUGGACCUUCAAUCUCUUCAGCAUCAUGCAGUUUUUGGUCUACGAAAAGUUGCUGCACCUACGCGUGGUGGGUCUGGCACUGCCGUAUACCGUGUAUUAUCCAUGGAACUGGGAAGCCCCCUGGUCGUAUUAUAUGCUACUCUUCUGCGAGAACUUUGCGGGCUAUACCUCGGCGGCGGGACAGAUAUCUACAGACUUGCUGCUCUGCGCUGUGGCCACUCAGGUGGUGAUGCACUUCGAUCACCUUUCGAAUGUUCUGGAGAGCCACGAACUGAGUGGCAAAUGGGAAGAGGAUUCCCGAUUCUUGGUGAACACCGUAAAAUACCACCAGCGGAUUCUUCGCCUCUCGGAAGUGGUGAAUGAUAUCUUUGGCAUUCCAUUGCUACUCAACUUCAUGGUCUCCACGUUUGUCAUCUGCUUUGUGGGCUUCCAGAUGACAGUGGGCGUGCCGCCAGAUAUCAUGAUAAAGCUCUUUCUGUUCCUGUUCUCGUCGCUCUGUCAGGUUUAUCUGAUUUGCCAUUACGGACAGUUGAUUGCCGAUUCGAGCUUGGGUCUUUCUAAUGCUGCCUACAAACAGAACUGGAACCACGCCGACGUUCGCUAUCGAAGGGCUUUGGUCUUCGUAAUAGCCAGGGCCCAGAAACCCACUCAUCUAAAGGCCACUGUCUUCAUGAACAUCACGAGGGCCACUAUGACAGAUUUACUUCAAAUAUCAUACAAGUUCUUUGCUUUGCUGCGCACCAUGUAUGUGGAAUAGAGACCAGAGAUGACCAGAACGCAGACGAGAAGAGAUCCCUAAAUCCCUAAGCCCUGCUUUGUACC